CCAGUGCAGAGCGGGCGCCGGCGGCACGGCCCGCCGCGGGAGCAGCAGGCGCUGGCGUCGGAUGCCUGCGCUACGCCAUCCCGGUGCUGCCGCGGCCUGGACUCCGCGGGGAGCGCGGGCGAGGAGGAGGCGGCGGCGGGCUAUCGGCGGGCAGCGGCGGCCGCUCCUUUGUGUCCCAGUUCAAGCAGUAUGUUUUUGACAGCAAUAGCGAAGAACUGGAAGACUGGUUAAUUAACAUACUAAAAUGGAGUAUUUACCAGUGGAGUAACUAAGGUGCUGACAAGUUUUGACUUCUUCAUCCUCAUAAACAUGAGUGAAGUUCAGGCUAUGGUAGAAUUCUCCGUGGAGCUCCACAAAUUCUUCAAUGUGGAUUUGUUUCAAAGAGGUUUUUACCAGAUUCGUGCAUCUAUGAAAAUUCCUCCAAGAGUUCCACACAAAUUAGAAGCUAGCUUGUUACAUGCAACUGGCACAGAUCUUGCCUUUCCUGCUUCAAUCCAUGACAACAUAGUCUGCAGUAAAACAUUUCAGAUUCUUUACAAAAAUGAGGAAGUUUCUGUGAAUGAUGUGAUGAUUUUCAAAAUAAAAAUGCUGUUAGAUGAGAGGAAGACCAGAUGACCUGAGCACACUACAGCCAAUUAGUAGCCGAACUUUAAAGUUGCACUUUAACUUACACCGGGGCCUUCAUCAUUACAUCAAUGUUAUGUUUGAUUACUUCCACCUUUCUGUCAUAUCGGUUAUAGUCCAUGCUUCUUUGGUUGCUCUGCAUCAGCCAUUGAUAAGUUUUCCUCGCCCAGUGAAGAAUACAUGGUUGAACAGGAACGCACCAGCACAAAACAGGGACUCUGUGAUUCCUUCUCUUGAAAGUGUGGUCUUUGGCAAUAACUACACAAAACAGUUAUCAGCAGAUGGUUGCAGUUUUAUUGUUUCAGAGUCUUUUCUCAGCCAUGCUUAUAAUUUCCACUACACGCUUUGUGCCAGUUUGCUGCUUGCUUUCAAAGGGUUGCAUAGCUAUUUUGUUAUGAUAACAAAGGAGCUCCCCUCUUCUCACCGCAUUGAACUGGGUAUGUAGAACUUAAUAAAAUGCAUCACUUUCUGUCAAUAUUUAUUAAGAAUACCACUCUUCUAGACUAAACUGGCGUUGAUUGCAUACAUCUUGUAGAUCUAAAAUCUUUUUGCUUGAGCUGAGCUGGAAUUAAUAACUUAAAAAAAAAAAGAAGCAAGUACUGUCAACAUUACUAAUAAAAUGAGGAGAUAGCAGCCUGAUUUUAUGCAAAUAUUUUCUUGUUGGUCUUUAUUUGCCCUGUUAUUUCAAACCACUGUGUUUAGUGGUGAGAAAGUUAGAGAAAUUUUGAAUCUGAGCAGCAUGCUGUACUUGUUUGGUUUUUAUAAGGAAACAUUGUAUAGUUGUGUAAAAAUUGGAACUCUCUAAGCUUUGAUUUGAGAAGAAUAUUAUAAUGGAAACUUAUCUGAAAAAAGACCUACAAUCAAAAAUUGCUGCUGGCUCAGGUUUUAGUGUAACUUUUAGGCAGACUUAGUUACCAAAGAAUUAGGAAAACAUUUGAAUAGACAAGAACUGUUUCUAUAAAACUGAGUAGUUAAAAUACAGUUUCAGAGAAGCUGUUUCUUCAAUAAAGUUAAAAUUAAACUCUUACAGGGCAGUCUCACAGAAAGUUAAGUUCUGUGGCAAUUAAGACUUCUAGUAACUACAUUUCUUAGAAGUAACUGCAAAAUUGCUACAUUAAAUGUAAUGUAUAGAAAUGUACAUUGCAUUUCUGUAGAACGCAGGUAUAUUAGAGAGCUUAGCCUCAACUUGUGAACUAGGAGGGCAGUGGAAGUCAAAAAAGAAAAAACAUUAGCAUUAUAAAGGAUGAUUUAGACUUUUUCCUCAUCAAGCUUCUACAUUUUUAGUCAUGUAAAGUUCUAUUUAAAUCUGAAAAUAGAUCUUUUGGACUUUACAUUGAUUUCAGACAGCAUUUAUUGAUUUUUUUUCUUUUUUUUUUUUUUUAUAUUGUUUAAUUUUACCAGUGUCAAAACUAAGCAUUAUGAAACAGUAAGGUUGGAAAUUGAGAUAUGAAAGCUAUUUUUAAAAUGUGAUGUGGUCAAUUGGCGAUUCAAACAAAAAAACAUUUCACUUGUAUAUUACAAAACGCAAAGCUAUUAAAAAUGAGGGAGGGAGUGCAUUACAAAUCUGAGCAUAGAACAGUACCAAAAGCUGAAGCUUUUUCUUCAUAGAAGCAAAAAUACUGCUACAGUUACAGUGCAAAAAAUAUUUGUGUGUCAGUUAUCUUAAUCUUGAUGUGGAGGGGAACACCCUAUUAAAGGAAUGACUCAACUCUCAGUCUUCCUUUUAAGGACAAAAUGUGCUUUUUCCCAGAUAGAAUCUAUUAGCACUGCUGUUGUUGUAAGGCUAGGCUUGCACUAAAUCUUGGUACUUCGGUGUUUCAGAUAGGACCUUCAAUUCCCCUAAAACAUUCCUGCAAAAUAUAUAUAUAAUAGAAAAAAGCCAGCCAUUGAGUUUCAUAGUUGGGUUAUAUCUUUCAAACCUCAUUGAAGUCACCAAAAAUUGAAGCUUUUCGUAAGCUUCAGUGAACUUGAGUCAGACCUUUUGUCAUUUCUGUGGGUAAUUUAACUUACCUUUAGAAAUGCAAGCUUGAACAGCAAUGCUCAAAAUAAAUACAUGAGGAGAAAAUUACUACUGACUUAACAUUCAUUUGUACAUAUUUUGCUGACGGUUUGUUUCUUGUGGAAUUUUUAUUUCUUUUUAAGUGUCUGCUAGAACUACUUUUUUUUCUUAUUUGUAAAUCUGUUUCAUUUAUUUCGGUUAAUUUUUAUGUACGUUGGGACAAUUAAUAGAACAAAAAGGACUAAUAAUGUAAAUAUUAAUUAAGCUACUGUUACCUUUUGCUCAUGAAAAAUAACUAAUGCCUACCAUUAAUGCUAAUUUUUCUAAAAUUCAUCAACAUUAAAGUAUAAAAGCUGUGUUUCUGUGAUGUCUGUAAAGAAACUGAGGCUCUUUGGACUUCACAAAGUACACAGUUGUCAUUUGCAUUUAUUUUUCAUUUUUAAAGUAAAUGAACCAUUUUGUAGUGGAGAUCUAUGUCAGAUGUUUAAAUGCGCAUUGCAGAAAAAAAGUUUCAAGUCCUGUUUAAAUCCCAGAAUCAUCACUUUUUUGUUUUAAAUUAAAUUAUUACCUCUUUAAUUUUGUCUCUUUUAUUUGCUUUGCUGUUGCUCUGUCGUGUAAUUUUAACACAACACAGUGAUUUUGCAGAAGCAUGUGCAGACAACUGUGGGACUCCAUAAGUGUAAUUGAGCAUUUAAGUAUUAUUGGUUUCAGGAAAUAAAAUAUGCUAGCUCAAUGUAUAUCACAAAUCGUCUAAUCUAGAAACUACGCUAAAAUUAUAUGCUUUCAUGUACUGAUCUAACUGCACUAAUUGCUAGGCUAGCAAUAAGCUUUUUUACUAACUUUAAGGCAAAUAAUAAAUCUCAGAUGAAAAAAGGAGUGUAGUAACUAGCCAUGUGUGUGCAAUCCCUAUAACUAGCCAAGGCCAGCAUGCAGGUCCUUUAUGAACGCCUUCUCAGAAGAAAAUAUCCACGAACCCAGAGAGACGCCUACCUAGAAAACAUAGAUGUAGAAGUUCGUCUUACAGAAUUGUGUGAAGAAGUAAAGAAAAUGGAAAAUCCUGAUGAACUGGCAGAACUUAUAAACAUGAAUCUUGCUCAGCUUUGCUCACUUCUGAUGGCUCUCUGGGGGCAAUUUCUGGAGGUCAUUACCUUACAAGAGGAGGUCACAGUAUUGCUAGCACAAGAGCAUCACACUUUAAGAGUGCGCAGAUUCGCAGAAGCAUUCUUUUGUCUUGAGCAUCCUAGGCAAGCUGCCCUUGCUUAUCAAGAACUACAUGCUCAGAGUCAUCUACAGAUGUGUGCAGCUAUCAAAAACACUUCCUUCUGCAGUUCUCUUCCACCCCUCCCUAUUGAAUGCAGUGAACUAGAUGGAGAUAUGAACUCCUUGCCUAUAAUCUUUGAAGAUCGAUAUUUAGAUUCAAUUACUGAAGAUCUGGAUGUGCCCUGGUUGGUAGUUCAGAGUCUUCCAAGGUCAGAGUCCAAUAAACUGGAUAAAUUUGAAGCUGAAGAAGGUUUUGUAGCUGGUUUUACUGGCCCGGAACUGAAAAUAAGACCUGCAGGUGCCUCCAACCUUUGGCAUUCAGAAAGUGAAAAGAUGCUAACAAAAACUUUGAAAGGGAAAAAUGAAGAUGCAAAUAAAUCCAAAGUUAAGGUUACUAAGCUCAUGAAAACAAUGAAACCUGAAAACACAAAAAAAGUUGUGAAACAGAACUCUAAGGACUCUGUGGUCUUAGUAGGCUACAAAUGUUUGAAAAGUGCCGCACUGGAAGAUGCCUCUAAAAGCUCAGAAGGCAGGCCUUCAUACAAUGCUAACGAAGGGCUGGACCCUACAUUAGGUGGAUUUCCUUGUGAUACAAAGACCUGCACCAGGCAAAUAAAUCAAGGAGAGCUUCCAUUUUUGCCAUCUGGAACUGAGGAAAAGACAGCCAAGACUGAAGGUGUCCAACCAGGUCCAGGUAGCCCUGUGCACUGUGAAAAUGUGGCUGGUUUUGAUAGACUUAGUAUCUCCCAGACAGGCUCUGGAACUAUACAAACAGAUAGUGCUCUACAACCCAUAGGUGCACUUGAAGGUUGUCGUGGAGGACAACCAGCUUCCUCAGGAGUCAGGACAAUUGAGGUUAAACCAAGUAAUAAGAAUCCCUAUGAAGGGGGGAAAGUAACUGUUCACAUUGGAUCGUGGGCUGAGUUUCCACAAGAUGGAGUGCAAGGCGAGAAUUUGCAGACACCCAAUAUUCAUCGUUCAGAAUCUGGAAAUAAACUGAAUUUGGGAGAACAGGAGCCAGUGCUUGAAAAGGAAGAUGUCCAUGAAAGAAACUUCCAACAUACCAGUGACAUCUUGGCAAAAAGUAAAAGUAAUCAGCCUGCUCUUUCUACAAAAGAAAGUCAACUUUCUGCAAGUGGAGACAUGACUAAAUUGCUAGAUGUUAGUGUGACAUAUGCCUCUUCCAGGUUUUCAGAUUCAGGUGUAGAAAGUGAACCAAGUUCUUUUGCAGCCCUCCCCAACCCUGAUCAGGUUUUUGAAAACGUUCAAGGGCAAAGUGCAUACAAUGGUGAGAGAGCAUUUCCUCAGCUUUUACUAAAACCAGACUGUGCUAUAAAAAACACAAUAGAAAGCCAUUGCACUGAGAGUACCAGCGCUGUAAGUGAAAUACAGUCAUCCCUGACAUCCAUAAAUUCUCUGCCUUCAGAUGAUGAUGAGCUGUCACCUGAUGAGAAUUCAAAGAUAUCUAUUGUACCCGAACGCCAGUUAAGUGACAGUAAAACGGUACUGGAUCUUGGAGCCACUGACUUGCCAAAAUGUGAUGACAGCAAAAAAUCAAACACUAGUUUGCAGCAACAGUGUGUUCUAUUUUCAGGGCCCUUGGAUAUCAAAACUCUGUCUAGACAUUCUUCACUCUCAGGAACAAAAGAUCUUUUACACUUAGUUGUUUCAGAUGAGGCUACAUCUACUCGUGUGAAAGGUUACAGCCCACAGGCAGACCUUGGCACAACCUGCAAGGACUCUCAGGACAUUGAAAGGCAUCUUAACACUGAAGAAGAAACAGUUAAAUUGAAUUUGGAAAUUACUUGCAUGGGUGAGCCAUCUGUUGUUUCGGGUCCUUCAUCUGUAAAUGCAGUGUAUGAGGUUGAAAAAACAAAUGAAGAAAAACAUAACGAGCCUUCAGAACUAAAGGAGACAACUGAAGAACUGCCAAUAGCUAAAAGUGAAACUUAUACAGAUAAUCCUUCUCCAACCAGUAGUACUGACAUGGUAAAGCAAGGGCUUGUUGAAAACUAUUUUGGGUCUCGAAGCAGCACAGAUAUUUCAGAUAUUUGGCCUGUGGACAACAGCAAUCCUGUUAGCCCUCAAAAGGAAACAUAUGAAAAACAAAUUAUUUGCUCUUCCCAACAAGAUGAAGAAGAGGAGGAUGAUCAGGAAAUGAUUGAAAACGGGUAUUAUGAAGAAACAGACUACAGUGUGUUAGAUGGGGCUUCCAGUGCUGACCAGGGUCAUGGCUCAGCAGAAGAGAGAGGCUUGAGAUCUGAGAGGAUUGAUAGUGGGCCUCUGCGAGAUGGAAUGAGCAUGCCUCCUGUCUGUACUCCUGGUUGUCUGUCUUUUCCUUCUUCUCUGAGAGACUCUCCUUGCAAUGUUAUCUGUUCUUCAAGGAAUAAAUCUGAUGCAAUUACACAACAGCCAGGCAGCACAUCCUACAGCUCAGCUUCAGCUCUUUCCUGGUAUGAAAGCUCCCCAAAACCUCAAAUGUUAGCUUUCCUACAAGCUAAAGAAGAAUUGAGGCAACUUAAACUUCCCGGAUUUAUGUAUAGUGAUGUUUUCAAACUGGCUUCUUCAAUACCUUAUUUCAGUAUGGAGGAGGAUGACUGUUCGGAAGAAGGAAUACAUCUUAUAGUCUGUGUCCAUGGCCUAGAUGGUAACAGCGCGGAUCUGAGAUUAGUGAAGACUUACAUUGAGCUAGGGCUGCCUGGAGGGAGAAUAGAUUUUCUUAUGUCCGAAAGGAAUCAGAAUGAUACCUUUGCUGAUUUUGAUUCCAUGACAGAUCGCCUUUUAGAUGAAAUUAUACAGUAUAUACAAAUUUAUAAUCUAACCCUUUCAAAAAUCAGCUUUAUUGGACACUCACUGGGUAAUUUAAUAAUCCGUUCAGUGCUCACAAGACCUCGGUUUAAAUAUUACCUCAACAAACUUCACACCUUCCUGUCUCUGUCUGGACCACAUCUUGGUACCCUCUACAACAGCAGUGCUCUUGUUAAUACAGGACUGUGGUUUAUGCAGAAAUGGAAGAAGUCCGGUUCUUUAUUGCAAUUGACAUGUCGAGACCAUUCAGAUCCACGACAAACAUUCUUAUACAAACUCAGUAAAAAAGCAGGUCUUCAUUACUUCAAAAACAUUGUGUUGGUAGGAUCUCUGCAGGAUCGUUACGUUCCUUACCACUCCGCUCGCAUUGAGAUGUGUAAAACAGCUUUAAAGGAUAAACAAUCAGGACCAAUUUAUGCUGAAAUGAUCCAGAACCUGCUUCUGCCAGUUCUCCAGAAUAAGGAAUGUAAUUUGGUUCGUUAUAAUGUAAUCAAUGCAUUACCCAAUACAGCAGAUUCUCUCAUAGGGAGAGCUGCACACAUCGCUGUUCUUGAUUCAGAAAUAUUUUUAGAAAAAUUCUUUCUUGUUGCUGCCCUAAAAUAUUUUCAGUAGAGAAUAGCAUCGUAAGAGACUUGGUUAUUACCUCAUUAACAGAUGAAUCAAAUAAUGUGUGGUAUUGAAGUAUAGCUGCAGCUGUAUUUUAAGAGAUAUUUAUACUUUUUAUAUGGAAGAUAAUUUAUAUCAUCCACACUUAAGGCUUUUUAACAUCAACUUUACUUUCUAGGUAAUGUGGCUGUGCAAUAUUUUUUUAUUUUGUUCUUUUUACUUUUCUAUUACUUUUUCUUAAUUUGGGGUACCUAAUUAUUUAGAUAUUAAAGCACAGUGCGUACUUCUGGUUGCUUUAUUAUUGGCUCCCGACGAGAGAAGUCAGUGUCACUUGGCUACCUUUUACAAGAGGCUUUGGACGCCAAAAUAAAUUGGGUUUUAAAAUUCUAAUAAGGUCAUACAUGUUCAGUUGUUGUAUUUUAGCACUGUAGGAAGUUUAACUGGAAACACAAUGAGCUGCUAAAAUACUGGAUAUUUGAAAGCGACUCUACCCGUGGGUCUGGCAAAGACCGCUGCCGCAUUGUCUGUCCAGAUAUCACUACAGCUGAACAGUGUUCUACAGAAUCGUUAUCAUCGUUGUUAAAUACGUUCUGCCUGUGGGAAUAUAUUUUCUACUGAUCUCAAAAACAUGUUAGUUUACAUACUCAAUUUUAUUACUGGAACUUUAGUUUUCAGAAGCAAAUGGCAACUAAGGAUUUUUGAAUGUUUCAUGAUAGCUGCCUUCAAAUAAUUGGAGUCGCAAACUGUAUUAAAAUUGCUCCUUACUCUGUCAGUUCUUCAGAUGAACAUGGACAGUUUUACAUGGACUUCCUUGUAUGUACGUAAAAUAAGUACAUGUUAUAAAUUUCUGCAAUACUUUUAUGAAUUUAAGCAAUUUUUAAAUAUUGUUAAAAUGUUUUAUUGAUUACAAAGUAUUGUAAAUAUAAAUCGAUCCAUCUUCAAAUGGGACAAUAUUGUAAACUUUACCUGUUCAGUGAUACUGAUAAAAUGUUUUUGAUAUACAGGAAUGUUAAAGGUCUAUUGACUUUCUACUGGUGCUGAAUAGCAUUAAGUUUGGUUUCUUCUCCCUUCCCUUUUCUCUGUUUCAAACAAUAAUUCACUUAAGGUGUGAGGGGGAAAGAGUUACCUGUGCAUUCACUAAUUGUACACUAAUUGUAAUGAACACUUUUUGGAAAAUAUACAUUUGUUGUAUAAUGCAUGUUUAUUUUUAGCGUUGUGUUAUUGCAUCUGGUGUUAAUAAAAUGAACAAAUGACUCUAAUGGAGGCAAUUAAAGAAACUGAAAUGUUCUGCUAAUUACCAAAAUUCUGGGAAGGCUUUUUUGUAUAUAAGUACUGACUUUGUAUUAUUUGAAAUGAAUAUAGCAAUAAUAGUUUAUAAUGAAGUGAUUUGGCAUUUGAUAUGGUUUGUUGUACAAUACAGUCUUCGUAGUAAUUUUUUUUCUCUCUACAGCUCACAGGGUGCUCAGAUGAGCAUAUACAGUUUGGUGACGUGCACAUUUGAAAGGGUAUUUUAUUAGAGCUGUGUUGGGCAAGUCCUUAUGACACAAAGAUAUCUGAAAUACAUUCCCACUAUAACAAUGUCUACCUUUAUUAAUAACUUUUAUUAUGAUGGUGCUACUAAGUUCUAAAUAUUUAAAUUACGUUCUGACAUCUCAACUGUCUUUUAUUUAACAGUACUAUAGUAGUCAGCUAGUGGCUAAAUUCUGAAUAUCAGUUUAGGAGGGGAGAUCUACAGAAUAUCCCUUGGUUCACAAUGAGGAAGUUCAGCUGCUCUUAGUAUGUAAGCGUUUGGGUGUUUCUGUCACUAGUGAAAAAUGUCUGUCUUGCCGCAUCUCUCCAAAAAUCCCAAAGUGUAAAGUGUGCUUUUGUGAUGAGCAAAGCAGAAAUAUCCUGGCAGAAAUAACCACUUUACUUAUUUUUAAUAGUAGAUCCUGUCUAUUUAAGGAGGCUUGAAUUUGCUUUGUUCUUUGAGGAAAGCAGAUGGUGCAGGAAUGAAAUUGUGGUAUUUGCAUCUAAGUUUAUCAAGCAACAGGGCAAAUUAAGAGAACAUUAAAUUCAUUUCUCUCCCCUGAUUUGUAUUGCCCACUGCAGCCCACAUGUGGUCUGGUACCCCCAUGAGAACUGUAGCUGUUUGACAUCUCCAAGUCUCAAAGGAAUGUGUUGUAAGAAAAUAAUGACCCAGACAUGUCCUGGAAGCAUAUGAAGUUCAUAUUUGCACUUGCAGACCAUCAAAGUUGCAGUUGCUCUCUGAACAACAUGCAGUCUUGGAUGUUUUGGACAACCGCAUGCAUGUUGCAUAGCACACUCCCCCUACUCCCACAUAUUUCUGUUUACUAGAUGGAAAUAUGGACUUAUAUUCAUAAUUCAGUGUUGUUUGAUGCAGUAGCAGCUAUAAAAUGCUCCAUCUCGCCCCUCUUCUCUUUGAAUGAAGGCUUCACCUUCCUGUAGUGAUGGUGACCUCUGCUGUAUGCAAGUAUCCUACAGUGGCUUGAAAGAGAAUUAUGUGGCUUACAGAAAGAGAUAAAAAUUAAGGUCUUAACAUUCCUUUAGAGAUAGUUUCCAGUCUCUUGCUCCCUGAAGGCAGUAGCUGCUACUGUUACUUCACAAAGCUCUAAGCAAUAUUAUUAGGAGGUCACUGCCUCCUAAUAAUGAGCAUCUUAACUCGUUUGCGUGUAGUGUAUAUAAAGUAAUUCUGUGGUUUGUGUUUGAAUCUUCCAUCAAAAUUAAGCUUUCUGAUCCCACAGAUUUAGCAGUGGCUGCUACUUGCAAAAAGAACUCAUGUUUUACUGUGGAAAUCACCAGGCUUUGCUGCAGAGCCAAGAGAUUUCACAACAGAAAACAGAACACUCUUCAUUCCAGGUCAGUCUUCUUUGCACAGCCCUGACCAGGUGUGGUACUUGGAUAGCCAAGGUUUUUGAGGUGGUCAAGGGGAAUAGGGAUCAUUUAGGCAGAAUCAGCUCAUUUGCUGCCUGGCUAGCCUACCUUCUGCUCAUCUGAACUGACCUGCUGCAGAGCUUGUGCUAGCACUAAGUCUUUUAUUCUUGGCUUUUUAGAACAGCAAAGCAAAAUACGGUAUUGUUUGAGUCUUCCUUUCAAGGCAAGCUGCAGCGUAAGAGAGAAAUGAUCAAUAAACA